AUGUUCGGGAAACGCUUGCAGUGGGAAAGGCGCUCUCCGGUGGCACGUACUGGCGUUCCCCAGCCUGAGUGGCAGGAACUAGGGCUUCGGUUUUUCCAACUGAGUAAGGACACGGACCCGACGGGUGGAGACUCCUCCUUCAGUGAUGCUGGAGGGGCUGCGUGGUUGUGUGCGCCUCGCUCUGACUGCAAUAAUGGAUGCGCGGAAGAAUGUACCGGAAAAGCAGGAUCAAAGGAAGUGAUGGGUACAUUUAAGGCUAAAGAUCUAAUAAUCACACCAGCCACCAUUUUAAAGGAAAAGCCAGACCCAAAUACUUUGGUUUUUGGAACUGUUUUCACCGAUCACAUGUUGACAGUUGAGUGGUCCUCAGAGUUUGGAUGGGAGAAACCACAUAUCAAGCCUCUUCAAAACCUGUCCUUGCAUCCUGGCUCGUCAGCUCUGCACUAUGCAGUGGAGUUAUUUGAAGGGACAAAGGCAUUUCGAGGAGUAGAUAAUAAAAUUAGACUCUUUCGACCAGACCUCAACAUGGAUAGAAUGCACCAGUCUGCUAUAAGAGCAACUUUGCCGAGAUUUGACAAGGAAGAGCUUUUAGAGUGUAUUCAACAACUUGUGAAAUUGGAUCAAGAAUGGGUCCCAUAUUCAACAUCUGCUAGUCUGUAUAUUCGUCCUACACUCAUUGGAACUGAGCCUUCUCUUGGAGUCAAGAAGCCUACCAAAGCCCUGAUCUUUGUAAUCCUGAGCCCGGUGGGACCUUAUUUUUCAAGAGGAAACUUUAAUCCAGUGUCCCUGUGGGCCAAUCCAAAAUUUGUAAGGGCCUGGAAAGGUGGGACUGGAGACUGCAAGAUGGGAGGGAAUUAUGGCUCAUCUCUCUUUGCCCAAUGUGAAGCAAUGGAUAACGGGUGUCAGCAGGUUCUAUGGCUCUAUGGAGAGAAUAAUCAGAUAACGGAAGCUGGAACUAUGAAUCUCUUUCUUUACUGGAUAAAUGAAGAUGGAGAAGAAGAACUGGCAACUCCUCCGCUAGAUGGCAUCAUUCUUCCAGGAGUGACAAGGCAGAGCAUUCUGGACCUGGCACGCAAGUGGGGUGAAUUUAAGGUGUCAGAGAGAUAUCUCACCAUGGAUGACUUGAUAACAGCCCUGGAGCAGAAUCGAGUGAGAGAGAUGUUCGGCUCUGGCACAGCCUGUAUCGUUUGCCCAGUUUCUGAUAUACUGUACAAAAGUGAGACUAUACACAUUCCAACUAUGGAGAAUGGGCCUAAGCUUGCAAGCCGGAUCUUGGACAAAUUGACUAAUAUUCAGUAUGGAAGAGAAGAGAGUGAUUGGACAAUCAUCAUAUCUUGAAUGGAAAAUACAGGAUACUAUCUGUGUGCUAUUGGGAUAGACUGUUACAUUUGAAUUAUGAUAGAUUCUUUGUCUACCUGUUUUUAGCUGUGCAUAAUGUAGUUUGUAUUAUCAACGUUACCAGGGUGAUUGUUUCUUCGUGCCAGAGAAAAUAAAUUGCAAUCAUCAAAUGGUGUUUUGUAAAUGUGGUAGUCGAAGCCUAUCUUCCCUUAGAAAGAUAAUAAUGUAAGCCAUAUAGCAUAGAAUUUUCCUCAGUAAUAUUAGUGCCUCUUCUAGUACUACACUCAGAUACAGAAAUGUUUGUUUAUUCUUUAUCGUAGGUUAUAUUCUCCUCAACCAAAUGAGUGUGUGUGUUUAAAAGCUGAUCUGAGUAAAAUUCAUAGGUAACAUUUCUUGUGACACAUUUUCAUCCUCAGAAGGUUUUUUUAAAUCAGGACUUUGAAAAACUGAAUUUCCUCAUGUCACAUUUCUUUGCAGGUCCCUUAAGUCCCUCUUAAGGUAAAUCUCUCCCUUCUUGAUGUCACAAUCAGUUCUAAGAUCUCCUUGUGCAUCAGUAAGAUCCAUGCACAUUUCCAGCAUUGCCCUUUCCACAUUAUAUUGUGAUUGGCUGCUUGUUAGGCUCCACUAAACACUGAGAGUCUUGUGCCUUAGAGAUCUUUGCA